UUGGUGUAUAUGAGAUAUCUAUGGUAUGGACGCUUCUAGUUUCAUAAAUGCACUUCGAAGAUUCAUGGCUAUCAGAGGGCCCGUUCAACAGAUUCGCUCGGACUGCGGAACGAACUUCAAAGGAGCUCAGAACGAACUAGAAUCGGCUCUAAAGGAAACGGAUCAAAAGAUCGUGGAGACGUACUUGAAUUCUCAAGAAUGCGAAUGGAUUUUCAACUCUCCUCACGCUUCGCAUACAGGAGGCGUGUGGGAACGUAUGAUCGGUAUUUCUAGACGAAUCCUGGACUCGAUGAUGGCCGAGCUAAGACCAACACGACUGACUCACGAAGUCCUAUCAACACUGAUGGCCGAGGUGACAGCUAUCGUAACCAACAGACCGCUAGUAGCCAUCUUAAGCGACCCCUCUGCACCCGAAAUCCUCACACCAUCUACUCUCCUGACGCAAAAAACGGCAACACUCAAGUCAACCCCAGGAAAUUUUGUCCCCCAAGACCUCUAUACCAAACAGUGGCGGCAAGUACAACUAUUAGCCAACCGUUUCUGGUCAAGAUGGAGAAAAGAAUUCUUGCCGACAUUACAAUACAGGCGAAAGUGGACAACAGACGUUCCAAAUCUCCAAGUGGGGGAUCUGGUCCUCCUCCGAUGCAAAGAAUCGCCGAGAAACGAUUGGCCGCUAGCUCACGUCUCGAAGACCCUAAGCAGCGCGGAUGAAAAAGUUCGAAAGGUAGAAGUAACGACAUCAAAGAACGGCUCAAAGCAAGUGUACACCAGACCAGUGACAGAACUGAUCCUGCUAAAAACUGAAUACGAACUAAAUUCGUGUUCGUGA